GUGAAGAAACUGAGGCACCUGGAGGUUAAAUGACUUUCCCCAGGAUCACACAGCUAGAGUCUGAGGUGAGAUUGAACCAGGCUCUUCCUGAUAACUAGCAGAGGCUAAAGACUACCCCUUAGGAUGCACAGGUGAUCCAUUGGUUAAGGAGCCUUAGAAGAUGGCAGAAGCAGUAUUCCAUGCCCCAAAAAGGAAAAGAAGAGUUUAUGAGAGUUAUGAAUCACCAUUUCCCAUCCCUUUUUGUCAGGAGGUUACACCUCAAAGAGAUUUCCAAGUAUACCGUGCCGAAAUUAUCAACAAUAAUGUAAUUGUAAGGAGUGCAGAGGCUAUUAAAGAGUUGUAUGGUAAGGGUUAUUUUGGAAAAGGCGUUCUGUCAAGAAGUCGACCAGACUUUAGCAUUUCAGAUCCUGCGUUGGUUGCCAAAUGGAAAGAUGCUAAGCUGGGCAUGCCUAUACUUACAGCAAAGAGGUAUCAGCGCGGGGUAACGUGGGCUGCAUACCUCAUGCAAAGACAGGGACAGGAGGAAAGCUCAGUUCACAGGAUUCUGGAGGAUUAUACAAAACCACUCGAGCUUCCUUUUGUGAAAAGAAAUAAAGAAGAUCAACCAAAUAGUGAACUUAACCAUAAGUUGGAUCCAGAAAUAGAAAAUGUAGAACAGAAAGCAAAUGGAGAUUCUGUCAAGCUUCAUCUAGAGGAUGAGAGCAAAAGCUCGGGCUCCGAGAGCACGGACUCAAAGGAGGGCUCUGUCCAUGAUCCGUUGGUUAAAUGUGGCUCCGAUGGACAAAAGGCAAGGGACAGUGAGGCUUCGGGUCAAACGCACUAUCUCACACACGGAGAUUUCGUCACACUGGACUGUCGGCCUGAAGAUUGUGUGCAGUGGGAGCAUCUUAGGUUUGCUACAGAUGGAGCAUAUGAUCACGAGUAUGUGCUUGUUCAAGAAACAAGUUGUUUAGAUGAUGAAGAGGAAACAGCAGGUGAGAAAGUCAUCAAAAGAGAAAAGCUAGUGUGCAGAAGAAAUCCAUACAGGAUCUUUGAGUACUUACAACUCAGCCUAGAAGAGGCAUUUUUCUUGGUCUUUGCUUUGGGGUGUUUAAAUAUUUACUAUGAGGAGGAGCCUUUAACAAUAUUGAAACUCUGGAAAGCUUUUCAUCUAGUUCAGCCCACAUUCAGAACAACAUAUAUGGCAUACCACUAUUUCCGAAGUAAGGGAUGGGUGCCCAAAGUAGGACUCAAGUAUGGAACAGAUUUCUUGCUCUACCGAAAAGGCCCACCUUUUUACCAUGCAAGUUAUUCUGUCAUUAUCGAGUUGGUUAAUGACAGUUUUGAAGGAUCACUUCGGAGACCUUUCAGCUGGAAGUCACUGGCUGGGUUAAACAGAAUUACAGCUAAUGUCUCCAAGGAGCUUCUGUUAUGCUAUUUGAUUAGACCAUCCGAUAUGACUGACACAGAAAUGGAAUCACCAGAAUGUCUGAAAAGAAUUAAAGUGCAGGAAGUGAUCCUGAGUCGUUGGGUUUCUUCACGAGAGCGAAGUGAUCAAGAGGAAAUUUAGCGCAGAAGCCAAAAUCUAAAUUCUUGAUUCACUAACAAGUAUCUACUGAAUAUCAAUUGUGUGCCCAGGCCAUGAUCAUUAAUUAAAAAGUGAAAGCUGCUCUUUUC